UCCUGAGAGAGAGGGCAGGGAAAGUGGAUACGUCGGGUAUUCCUGGGCUCGGCUUUCCUCGGGUAAGCGGGGACCGAGUGUGCUCCCCAGGCUCCGCUUCGGAGGACGCACAGACACGUUUUGCAAUGCCAAAACGUCAAUUGGCGGGCAACAUCGGCGGAAACGUCAUUAACAGGGCCGGAGAGAAGACGCAACCCCAGAUCGAACGUUCCGAGGGGAGAAAAGAGUGAGCGGAGUUAGGGCGGCGAAAGGGUCUCUCUUCAGCCCGCGAAAGCGCCUGCAUUUUAAGAGUAGCGGGCUUCGAGAUCAAUUGCUAGGAGGUUCAAUCCAAUUAACCCCUCCAUCGCGGGGCCACUCAAUUGCAUUCCCGGUUUUAAUUUUUUUUUUUCAUUGCGCCCGUCACCGUUUUCGGCGCGCAGCAGCCAUGUCGGCCUCUGCACGUCUUACAGCCAGCCUCUGCCGGAGGGCCGCGGCAGGCCCCGCGCCGGCGUCGACAAUACGAUUGCGACAGGCCCGCGGUAUCAGGAGCUUGUCUUCGGCCACGCCGAGCCGGUUUCGUCGACGUCCUGAUGUGCGGUCGACACACGCCGGCGCCCUCGCCACGCGAGCCACCCGGAGACACCUGUCGACGACCCCCGCGCGACUCUACGCCGAGGCCGAUGACUCCUUCGAUCCCGCGAGCAUUGAGCGCGAGAGUGACCAAGUCGACGUCUGUAUCGUAGGUGGUGGCCCCGCGGGCCUGUCGGCGGCCAUCCGGCUGAAGCAGCUAGCGAACGAAGCGGGCAAUGAGGAUUUCAGGGUGCUGCUGCUUGAGAAGGCUGGCGAGCUCGGGGCGCACAUCCUGUCGGGCGCUGUGAUCCAGCCAACGGCGAUCAACGAACUCAUACCCGACUGGCUCGAUGAGCAAAACGAGAACCGCUUCACCGGCGCGACGCCCGCCGGCAAGGACAGCAUGCGCUUCCUGACGAAAAGCAUGGCGAUCCCGGUGCCUACCCCGCCGCAGAUGAACAACCAUGGGAAUUACAUCAUCAGCCUGAACGAGUUUACAAAGUGGCUCGGCGAGCGCGCGGAGGAGGUCGGCGUCGAGGUGUACCCCGGCUUUGCCGCGAGCGAGGUGCUCUUCGGGCCCGACGGGAGUGUCACGGGCGUGGCGACCAACGAUCUCGGCAUUGGGCGCAACGGGAAGCCCAAGGAUACCUUUGAGCGGGGUAUGGAGUUCCACGCGCGCGUCACCCUGUUCGGCGAGGGUUGCCACGGCAGCCUGAGCAAGCAGGUCAUCAAGAAGUUCGACCUGCGACGAGACAGCCAACCGCAGACGUACGGGUUGGGAAUCAAGGAGGUGUGGGAGGUGCAGCCGGAGAAGUUCAAGAAGGGCGAGAUCACGCACUCGAUGGGCUGGCCACUUCCCUACGACACUUACGGUGGCGCCUGGAUGUACCACUUUGGCGACAACCUCGUCAGCAUCGGCCAGGUCGUCGCGCUCGACUAUUCCAACCCGUGGCUGUCCCCUUACGGCGAGUUCCAAAAGCUCAAGCAGCACCCGCUGUACCGCAACGUGCUCGAGGGUGGCAAGUGCAUCUCGUACGGGGCGCGCGCCCUCAUCGAGGGGGGUUUCCAGUCGAUCCCCAAGGUCGCCUUCCCCGGCGGCGCUCUGAUCGGCGACUCGGCCGGGUUCGUCAACGUGCCCAAGGUCAAGGGCACGCACAACGCCAUGAAGUCGGGCAUGCUCGCGGCCGAGGCCGCCUGGAACGCGCUCAAGGAGAGCUCCGACUCGGGUGCCGUCUUCCUCUACGAGUACGAGGACGCGCUCCGCAAGUCGUCCAUCUGGAAAGAGCUCAAGGAGGUCCGCAACAUGCGGCCUUCGUUCCACAACCCGCUCGGCGUGUACGGCGGCAUGCUCUACUCCGGGCUCGAGGCCUUCGUCCUCAAGGGCCGCGUGCCCUGGACGCUGCGCCACAAGGUGCCCGACCACGCGGCCACCAAGAGGGCCGACGAGUGCAAGAAGAUCGAGUACCCCAAGCCCGACGGCAAGCUCACCUUUGACAUCCUCACCAGCGUCUCGCGCACCGGCACCAACCACGAGGAGGACCAGCCCGUGCACCUGCAGGUCAAGGACUGGGACAAGCACACCGCCGAGACGUGGCCGCCCUUCAAGGGGCUAGAGAACCGCUUCUGCCCGGCCGGCGUGUAUGAGUACGUCGAGGACGCGUCCAAGCCGGAGGGCGUGCGGUUCCAGAUCAACGCGCAAAACUGCAUCCACUGCAAGACGUGCGAUAUCAAGGCCCCCAACCAGGACAUCAACUGGCAGGUGCCCCAGGGCGGCGAGGGUCCCAAGUACUACAUGACUUGAGCGGGCUCCGGGGGGGAGGGGAUGUGUAAUGUGCGUUCCUGUCGUCUUAAGACGUGUAGCAAACCGCAUGCGUGCAUAAGAGACCGAGUCGGUGGUGUUUCGGGUGCUUCCUGUUUUCAGUGAUAGACUUGAGUGGCUACAAGGGUUUGAACUUUGUUUGGAGUGCUGUGCGUUGGUGGUAGUUUUGCGAACUGUAUUGGAACCGCGAGAACCUUGAGAACGGGGAGUUUGGUACGUAUUACUAGUAUAUAUACAAAGGACCCCGACAGGCCGAGUGUGGGUCGUUUCGAUAUCUUCAACAGAGACGGAAAUGGAAAAACAUUGUUCAAAACAGUUAAUAGGCCACAGAAUGGGGUUUCUGAAACGCGGGCCGGUCAUCGGAGUUGCCAAAAC